AUGGUCGUUAUCAAGUCUGUCCUCGCAAUCGCCACUUUUGGCACCCUCGCCAUUGCGACCGCCAACAUCGGCGACCCUUGCGGCUGGGACCCCCAGCACCCUGUCAAGACCGACUGUGGUCCGGACGGCCAGCAAUCACUCAUCUGCCAGCCUGACAACAAGUGGCACCUGUCCCACACCUGCCCAAAGGGUGAGAGUGUCUGCCCUCCUGGCGGCGGCUUCUGUGUGAAUCCCGUCCCCUACAAGGCCUAGAGUCCAGAUCGAACAGGAAGGGGAAGGGUUUUGCGGGACUUUUGGUGUGCAGGCUGUGCACCCGGG